CAGGAAUUCGAAUAACACCAAAUUAUUCAUUUCUUAUGUUAUAAUAAAUAAUCGUUUCAAUGAAAAUGAUUUGAGUAUUCUUUCAACGUUCAACAAGAGAAGUUCUGUUUGCUUUAUAAAAAUUGAAGAAAAUGUCCACAAGUGGAUAUUUCUUUUGCUUUCUGAUUUUUGCAACCAGUCUUGCAAACACCUUGGACCUCUCACCCUCCACCCUGGUGAAAACCAUCCAUAAGGGCACAUAUGAGGCCAUCAAAGAGACCGUCAACACAGUCACUGAGGUCGUAGGAACCCCAGUCGACAUAAAAGACGUCCAUUUUUUCCUUCAUACUGCCACAGAUCAUGGAUAUCCAAAUCAUACCGUCGAUCCUUUGGAACCAUCUGAAAUUGCCACGAGAAAGGGUAGGGUAUACUUCCUGAUCCACGGGUGGACACAAAGCCGACAGAAAACACCGUGGUAUAGACCCUUGACGGAGUAUCUCUUAAAGAAACACCCUGAUGCCCAUGUGGUCCAGAUUGAUUGGGGCAAAGCUGCUGCUAAUAAUUACGCAUCUGCUGCUUUCUGUACCGAAAGUGUAGGGAAUAUCGUUGGAGACGUUAUAAAAAAGCUGGUGGUGGACAACAACGUCCCUCGAAAGAAUAUAGUCGUGAUAGGUCAUUCCUUAGGAGGUCAAAUAUCUGGCUGGGUUGGUAAACGAUUUCGCAAGCUGACAAAAACCACGCUUCCAAGAAUAAUAGCUCUGGACCCUGCAGGUCCUCUGUUUUCCAGUAGACCAGAAGACAAGAGACUGAACAAGAACGAUGCGGAUAUAGUUAUGGUCCUACACAGUGACGGUGGAAAACUCGGUUUUGGCAGUAGCUGUGGUAGCAUUGACUUCUACCCAAACGGUGGAUCAGAUCAGCCAGGAUGCUACAAGGUCGAUUUAGCGAAUGUGUCUACUCUGACUGAACCUAUUUGGUGUGACCAUCAAAGAGGAUAUGACCUCUUCCUGGAGGCAGUAAAAUCCCCUUGUCUCUUCCUGGCGAGAAAAUGUGAAAACUACGAUAAGUUCAAGGAGAAUAAAUGCGAAAAUAUAGCUGUCUCACUUGGAGACCUGGAAGCUUCAUCUGCUGGAUCCUACUACUUCAAAACAACCGAUAAAGCUCCAUUCAUCGAGAUUGAAGAACUGAGGAAAAAUGGAAGAAUUUUGAAACAUUCCGGCCAAAAUCAAAUCGAACAAUGUUCGGACUUUCUGAAAGAAGGCGAACAGAAUUUCGGAAAAAAUGGGAGUCAACACAGUCACUCCAGACAUCAAUCAUCGACUGAAGACACAAAUUUAUUUUCCAGUAUGGACAGAACAGGUUCUGAAAACAAAAAUCAUAACAGCAAAUACGAUAAGCAUAAGUCGAAUGAAGAAUCGUACAGAGAACGAAACGAAGCCAAAAAUUCCAAUGCACAAUAUAAAAAGGAUGCCCCAAAAUUGAGUAAGGAUUCUGGGGAAAGACAGGGACAAAGUCAUGUAAUUCAGCAGGGAGAAAAUUCCAGAGACUUUGAUAAGGACGGUAGGAAGCAUUCACAGAAAGUUGUUCAACGAGAUGAGGGCAUUUUCGAAGAAAAAGUCUCAAUAAGACCCAUUUCAUCGCAAGAAUUCAGAAAAAUUCCAGAAGGAUCAUAUAGGAAAAGUGUCUGAAGAAAAUAU